AGAAAUAAACACAUACAAAAUUACAACAUAAAAAAAAUGGCUUAAAAGCGCCUAGCCGCCUACCAAAUGACACCACCACCUAACUUGAAUACAAAGAAGAAAAAGGAGAAACGCCAGCAGCAAAACCCAAAAAUCUAACAUCAAUUUUUCAGACAUCAGUCCACCAUCAGCAGCCGCCAGCCAGCGGAGACUCUAGCCGUCGCCGGAGGAUUGAUUCGACGUCAGCUGGAACCUCCGCCGGAGAAAUGGGCGCCACGGACCAUGAGGUUGAGAGGGACAGAGAAGAGAGAAAUGAAGGAGAAGAACAAGGAAGGGAAGGAGGGGGAAUGGGCGAGAGAGAUGUGGAGAAAGGAGAAACAGUGAAUGGCGGAGGGGGAGAUGGAGAUGGAGACGGAGGAGAGCACGGGAGAGAGUUUCAUAUGUCAAUGAUGCAGAGGUUGAAUCCCACGAAUCCUUUGAGGAUUCAUGUCAUCAGUCAAGUUCCCAGCAAAGCAGCUACUCCUUCCCCUGCGCAGCCUCCCCUCCAGCCUCGAUCCACUCCAACCCCACAACAAUCACUCAUAACGCUGAACUCGAGAAAGUACACCAACAAGAUGUCGCUGUUUCUGUUUUGCCUGCAUUUCGUUCUGGCGAUUGGGCUAGUGGGUUUUCUGGUAUUCAAGGGGGUUCAAGGACUAAUUCAAGCAUCGGAUAGAGUGAAAAGGAAGGAAAUGAGGGUCUUGAAGUUUUUCCUGCCACAGGUGGAAGCGGCGUCUCUGUUGAGCAUCACUCUUGCAUUCGCAUGGCAAAAGGCUUUUAGGGUGUGGCCUAACUUCAUGGUUCAUUUCAUAAUGUGGUGUUCUUUCUUGACGUCGUUAUCUGCUGGGAUUCUCUUAAUCUGCUUCCAGAAGGCUUCCACAGACGGGGUUGGAGUUUGCCUCAUGGGUUUUGCGAUUGGUAAUGGCUUGUAUGCGUGCUGGGUUACUCAAAGAAUAGGUUUCUGCACAAAGGUGUUGGUCAAAUCGCUGGAACCGGUUUCCAAAUUUCCUGACUUGAAUCAACCCACUUAUUGGAUGCUUGGUGUGGGGUUCUUGUGGAUGUCUCUGUGGAUCAUAGCAGUGCUUGGAGCCUUGAAUUUCUACUUCCCACCUCUGACCAUUAUAGCCUUGGUGCUGAGCUUGGCCUGGACUGCUGAAGUGCAGAGGAAUGUGGUUAAUCUGACUGUAAGUAGGGUGAUUUCUCUGUAUUACUUGCGAGGGAUGCAAUCCAGCACCAAGUUCUGCUUCCAAAGAGCCUUGACUAAGAACCUCGGUAGCGCUUGUCUUGGUUCUCUAUUUGUUCCAGCAAUCGAGGCUCUCAGAAUCGUUGCACGCGGUUUGAAUUUGCUAGAGGGAGAGGAUGAGUUCAUGUUCUCGUGUGCUCACUGUUGCCUCAAUGUCAUGCAGUUCAUCUUCAGCUGUGGAAAUGGCUGGGCCUUUGUUCAGAUAGCUGCAUACGGGAAAGGGUUUGUGAAGGCAUCAAAGGACACUUGGUCACUGUUCAAGAGCCAAGAAAUGGAGGAGAUUGUGGAUUCAGACAUAACAAGCUCCAUCUGCUUCCUGACUGGAGUAUGCAGCGGCUCAAUCUGUGUCAUCAUGGUGGCGGCCUGGACCUUCAAAGUCCAUCAGCCCUUUACAGCAACUAUCUCCCUCUUGGCAUUCUUUAUUGGCUAUCUCAUGACAAGGAUUGCCAUGGCAUUGCCUCAUGCCUGUGUGAGUUGUUACUAUGUUUGCUACGCAGAGAAUCCUGACAACAGAUUGUUUGAUAAAACAAUCAAAGACCGUCAGAGCUUGAUCAAAUCUGGCAGGGAUGUCGUCGUGCCAACGCCUCGAGUGCCACGUCGGUUCACCACGUAGAUGCCAUUCUCCACAGGAAAGCUCGGCCUCCUCUGGCUCAAACCCUGGAGCUUAAAAGAUUGUACAUAUGACUUUUGAGGUAGCUGCGUCUUAUCAAAAGAGAAACCAAGACUUGUAAGAAAGGCCAAGCUCAAGCUGAUCAAAAGAUAUGGUGAGGGGAAGGGAAGCAAAUGUAUCUUCUCUUCUCCAGAUAAGAUGGGCUUUGCUUGCAUUUGGAAGCAACAAAGGCAGAAAUGAGCGCUAGUAUCGCCAUAAGUAGACCCUUUUAGCUGGCUCUAUUCUUUGUAGGAGAUACAGAUACCAUUCUUGGGUCAAUUGGAGCGACAGCUGAUCAGGAAAAUGUUCAUUUUCCUCUUGCUGGGAGAUGUGGUGGGGGCAUUUUGCAUAUACUCUUUAGGAUAUUCCUUUCGGUAGUAGGGAGCACAAUCACAUGGAGCACUUCUACCAUUUUAAUAAUAAUAACUAAGUUUUUGACCCGCACUUCGUGGCUGGAUGCUUGUCGACAUUUGCUAUUUAAUUUGAAUUUGUAUCUUAAUCGAAUAAUCUAAAGACCGGAUAAUUUAAAAAAAGUAUAGCAGUCUUUGUUUAAAAAAAUUAGUUCACUCUAAUGGUUUGAAUUGUUGAAAGAGAUUUAAAUGUGCAUAUAUAUAAAUUUUUCCAUAAUUUCACAAACCAAAGUAAACUCAUAAAUGAAAAGUUUAUAUAGAUAUAUCAUACAAAAUGUUCAAGUCAAACCUUAAUAUUACGGAAUUGCCAUGAUAUGAACUAGGGGUGGUAGUUAAUCGAAAACCGGUUAUCGGUUAAAUCGAGCCACUGACCGUGAGGGGCACCACGGCUAGCUGAUCACUGGUUAACGAUUUUGGUUCGGUUAGCCGCAUACCCGAAAAACCCUCCCUUCUCUCCUAAAAAUUCAUUAAAAAUUGUUUAUGAAAAAAAAAAGCGAAAAUUACCAUCACUCAAUCCUUAUCUCCUUCCUUCCUCCAUUUCACGCCCACUAGACCACUUCUCCUUCUCUCUCCUUCCUUCCUCCAUGGAUGGAUAGAUCUGCAGAGACGAACUGAGAGGUAGUGGAUGGACAGAUCUACAGGGGCGGAUGGUGGUGGGUGGGUGGGGGGGGGGGGGGGGGGCAUGGGUGCCGCCUGACUGUCUCUGCUCAGUAUGCUGGCUCGACGGAGGAAGGCGGGGAUGGCGAUGGGAGACACGCGGAGGCCUGGGGUCGUCGGGGAUGGGAGAUGGCGAUGGCCUGGCCUUUGUAGGAGGACGAAGAAGAAAUAAUUAGGGUUGGGGUUUGGCUGGAGGAGGGGGUCGUUUUCAGUGAUGGUGAACGUCGGGGAGAGGGCGAGCAGGGCGGAGGCCGGUGAGGGUCGGGGGAGAGAUGCGGAGACCGACGGGGGGUCGGGGGAGGUUUCUGUUCUCUGGUGGAUCUGGCAGUGCGGAAGAGAAGAGAGAUGGAUUUUGGUUGAGGAGGGAGAUGGGGGCAAAUGGAUUAUUAGGGUUGAGUUUAGUUUUGGGUGGUAAGCAAAGCUGCAUCAUUUUGGGGCGGGAAGCGGAAGUGAGGUCGGUUAUCUUUGGUUAGAACUGGUUACUCGGCUAACCGAAGCACCACUCACUCCUUCCGACAACCGACCGUGACAAGUGACUGGACGGUUUUCGGUUACCGGUGAGCCGCUAACCAGCAACCGAACUGCCACCCCUAAUAUGAACACACAAACAAUCAUGGAACCUAUUGCAAUGGAAGACCAUGAAAGUUAUAAAAAAUAGAAUAUGUC